AUGCAGAAGGAUAACGGAGUAGUCCCCUUUUUGGAAAGGCCAAAUGUAAAGGAAAUUAACAAAGACAUCGAAGAUAGCGGAUUGGUAUUAUGUCUCAUCCUUAGUGAAAAAGACUCCCCCUCACUUACCUCUCCAUCGAAUUACCUUCUGCAUGUCCAUAGGUACAUGUACCUAUCCAACAUAGUUCCUAAAUGUAUAGAAUAUUUUGGAUCGUUUGUUUUUCCCUUUUAUGGUAACAAAUUUGGGGUGUACUUUGAAUGCAUCCAAGGGAGGAGAAAAAGAAGAAGUACUCCUUUCCCUGUUCACCCAAAUGGGAAAGAACACCAGGAAACUUCUCCCGUAACAUGUCCCAUUAUUAAUAGCAGUACAUGCGAAGUGUCCUCCUGUGGAGAAGAUCCCAAUUGGAGAACCGAGGUUGACAAACCACUACAGGAGAGGAUCCUACUCGAUUGGAGACUUCCUAUAGGGGUACUGUUCGAUAUAUACUGCGAUGUGGAAGGGGAGGAUUGGAGUUUUCCAAGCUUAGAAGAGCAGCAAACAAACUGGAAGAGAUGCACCAAUGGGGAAUUAUUUCCUGACCAUGUUAGCGUUUUAGAGAUUACUCCAAAGGAGAUUAGUGAUUUACUUGGGGAAGCUGAGAGAGAGCAGACAGAGGGGGAAAAGCACUCAAGCAAAUUUCCGUUGAAUGAUGCCACAAAGGAUUCCCUCACUGGGGAGAAGCCAUGUAGCAGCGAUGAAGGCAAAACAAACGUGGGAGAGCCCCUCGUUAAACACUACCACAUGCGAAUGAACAAAAAAAUAAAUAGUGACUGGUACGAUCAGCAGUUCUUAAGCAUAGCGGAUAGGAACGUCCCAUGGAAGCUGGUUGUCCACUUUAAAGAUGAGGAAAACUACAAGGCACAUUUCGGAAGAGGGGGAGGAACCAAAGUGAAUUACGAUGGAAACAUCAACCUGUUGCCCUACAACACGUGCAUACCUCUGUAUAGAGGAUUUCACGACUUUGAGGAAUGCCUGAUCAGUCAGCUUAAAAAGGCGAACUACGUGUUUAACAAAAAUAACAGGGUGCUUCAGAUGUUGCCGCAACAAGUGGAAAACGAGUUACUGCAGAAUUUGAAACGGUUUGACGUGGAAAAUAUUUGUGCCCUGUAUAGGGAGCACAUCGAUUAUAAUAUGGUCCGUUUCGUGGAUCACUUUAACGCCAAGUGUGCGCAGGCACAGCAGAAUGGGCACAGCGGCGGCACCAGCGGGGAGAACAAUUCCGUGUGCGCCCUUAUGAAGGACGAAAAUGUGGUUAAAGAGGUGCCCAUAAUUAUACACAUUUAUGGACCCCCAUACAAUCAAGUGUUGACGAAGUGUCCUCUGUUCAAAAUUGCCCCCGCAGAAGGGACCGAAAAUACAGUCGACCGUUUUUUUGCCUACACGUUGGGGGACUUUCUGCACGAGCAGUUCCCUUCCUUUUUUAGGAAAAUAAAAAAAUGCGGAACAGAGGGGGGGGUAGCGGAUGACCCACAGGCUCACAGGACAAACGGUGAGAUUGGCGCAGAAGACCACCUUCCUCCAGACAACGCAGAGGCGGACGCGGUAUCAGCAACUGUAGCAGCCGUGCCAAGUGCGCCCCCCGACGGGGAAAGCAUUUUUUACUUUGUCGAAGACGAUUACUUAAUUUUCAGCCCCUAUAUGUUCAUAAUAAUCAACGGGAUUCAAAUUCCGCUGAAAACACCACUCUACUGGCUCGCCGCCAACUUUUCCCAAUUUGAUAAUUUCCUGCAUGUUAUUCUCCGUGUACCCCCCUACUGA